AUGUCUGUCUGGAAUCCUGAUAAUAUCCGCGACGUCGCCGAGUCCGUCGGUAUCCUCAACCUCAACCACGAUGUCACUGAGAACCUAGCACGAGACGUUGAAUACCGAGUUGCGCAGGUUCUUGAGGAAGCCCUGAAAUCCAUGCGACACGGCAAGCGCACAGUCUUAACAACUCAAGAUAUUGCGCUCGCAUUGCGAAAUCUAGACGUCGAGCCGCUCUAUGGUUAUGACUCCACGCGCCCGUUGAGAUUCGGCGAGGCCUCUCUCGGACCCGGUCAACCAUUGUUCUACGUUGAAGAUGAGGAGGUUGACUUCGAGAAAUUGAUCAAUGCGCCUCUGCCAAAGGUUCCCCGCGAGGUUUCGUUCACUGCCCACUGGUUAGCCGUAGAAGGCGUGCAGCCAUCGAUCCCCCAGAACCCCACUGCCGCCGACUCUCGCAACCUCGAACUGGUUUCUAAGGGCCCCAACGCCAACUCAACAUUGGCCGCCAUGAGCGGCUCAGGAGAUGUCGCCGUGAAACCUCUGGUCAAGCACGUGCUUUCCCGUGAGCUUCAACUUUACUUUGAGAAAGUUUGUAGCGCCUUCCUCGACGAAACCAGUGAAGACUACCGCACCUCUGGAUAUUCCAGUCUUCGGGAGGAUCCGGGCUUGCACCAGCUGGUGCCAUACUUUGUGCAAUUUAUUGCCGAGAAGGUCACUCACAGUCUCAAGAAUGUGUUUGUUCUCACUCAGGUGAUGCACAUGGCCGAGGCAUUGGUCCAAAACCAGUCGCUCUAUGUCGAUCCUUAUGUUGCAUCCCUCGUUCCAUCAAUUCUUACCUGCCUGAUUGGCCGGCAAUUGGGUGGAAACUCUGAUUUCGAGGAGCAGUUUGCCCUUCGCGAUAUGGCAUCCUCUCUCCUCAGCCUUAUUGCUCAAAAAUACUCUCACUCCUCUCACAUGCUCAAGCCUCGACUUGUGCGCAGCUGUCUUAAGUCGUUCCUUGACCCUUCCAAGCCGUUUGGUGCCCAUUACGGUGCCGUCAUCGGACUGCAAUCAAUUGGAGGCUCGGAUGUGGUCCGGAUUCUUGUCAUCCCCAACCUGAGUGAAUACUCCAAGUUGCUCAGCGAUGGCUUAGAUGAUUCUGCUCGUCGUCCAGCUGCCGAGCGAGUUUUGAAUGCACUCCUGGCUGUGCUGGCUUCGCUCCGUAAUUACAAGCAAGCCGUGACUAACGGUCACAGUGUGACAGAAGAUGUGCGUUCUCAGCUGAUUGAAAAGGUCGGCGAACUCUUUGCAGCCAAGAUCGUGGAGGCCGGUGAAGUACAGCUGGCUCAUGUCAUUCUGGAGUCUUGA